UCAGAGGAAGAACUUUAAUUUUCAGCGUGGGCUCUUCUGUUGUGUGGUAACGUUACUGGCUUAAUACAAACUAUUACAAAGAAAAGAUAGAACGAUAUACUUUUAAACAGGUCAAUAAAUGUCUAAUAUUCCCAUCCUCAUAUACACGGACUAAGUUUUGAAGCAGGAAUAUCUGGAGGAGUAUCAACUGAACUGAGAUCUGCUGCUGUGAAGAUGGUGUUUGUUAAAGAGGAGAGUGAGGAGGACAUGAGUGAACCAGAACCCUGGAGAAUAAAACACGAGGAACAAAGAGGGCUGGUGAAAGUGAAAGAGGAAAGACCAGAUCUGAAUGAAGUGGAGGAGAAACAUCACCAGAAAGUUCAUGAUGUCACCGCUGGAGAGAAACCAUUGAGUUGCUCCAAAACUGAAAACAGUUGCUCACAAAGCAGCAUCCAAAUAACAGAAGAGAAAAAGCCUUUCUCCUGUACUCAGUGUGGAAACACUUACAAACAUAAAAGAAGCCUUUUGAAUCACAUGUUAGUUCAUGCUGGAAUAAAGCCUUUCUCCUGCUCUCAGUGUGGCAAGAGUUACAAACAUAAAAGCAGCCUUUGGAAUCACACGUUAAUUCAUGCUGGACGAAAAAAUUCCUUCACAUGUUCUCAGUGUGGAAAUACUUUCACAAAUAAACACAACCUUAAGAAGCACAUGUUAAUUCAUGCUGGAAUAAAGCCUUUCAGCUGCUCUCAGUGUGGGAAACGUUUUAGACAGAAAGGAACACUAAAUGAGCAUUUGGUAACUCACUCUUCAGUAAAGCCUUUCUCCUGCUCUCAGUGUGGAAACAGUUUCAGACAUAAAAGAUACCUUAAAACUCACAUGUUAAUUCAUGCUGGAAUAAAGCCUUUCACCUGCUCUCAGUGUGGGAAGAGAUUUACACAUAAAGGAAGACUAAAUGAGCAUUUGGUAACUCACACUUCAGAAAAGCCUUUCACAUGUCUUCAGUGUGGAAAGAGUUUCUCACGUAAACAAGUCCUUAAGACUCACAUGUUAACUCAUGCUGAAAUAAAGCCUUUCACCUGCUCUCACUGUGGCAAGAGUUUCACACAGAAAGGACACUUUAAUGAGCAUAUGUUAAUUCACAAUUUCGUAAAGCCUUUCGUCUGCUCUCAGUGUGGAAACUCUUUCAGACAUAAAGUAGGCCUUAAGAAACAUAUUAAUUCGUACUUUAAAAAGCCCUUUACCUGCUCUCAGCGUGGAAAGACAUGAGAAAUCACACUGAAGCAAUGCCUUACACAUGUGUUGGGAUAAAUAUGUUUACAUCUCCUUUUCUGUCUAUCUGACCGUUCAGUCACACACUC